AUGACUUCUGUUUUCCUUACUGGCGCAACUGGUUACAUCGGUGGUGAAAUCUUGUAUCAACUUCUCACCCAUGGCGGAUACAACGUCACGGCAUUGGUGAGAACAGAUGCAAAAGCUCAAUUGUUGUCUGAAAAGACAAACGGCGAGGUAAAAACCGUGGUUGGCUGCUUAGACGAUCUUGAUACCAUCAGCACGCAAGUAGAUGCUGCUGAUGUCGUUAUCAACACUGCCAAUGUGGAUCAUGUUCCAAGUGCAGAAGUGUUUGCUAAGGCGUUGGCUAAGAAGACCAAAAAGACGAUUUUCAUCCACACAAGUGGUACUUCUGUGGUUGGUGAUCCCUUGUCUUCCACUAAGGGUCCUUCCACCGUUGUAUACAGCGAUGUCAAGUCAAUUGAUGAAAUCAACUCCUUGGCUGACGAAAAGCCUCAUCGCCCAGUCGAUAAAAUUGUAUUGGACAUCGAGGAACAGAACGCAAAUGUGAAAACCGUGAUAGUUUGUCCCUCGACUAUUUUUGGAAAGAGUAGAGGUUACGAUAACCUCUUUUCAUCUCAGAUUCCCCUCUUGGCUGCCCUUUCAAAGAAACACGGUAAAGCUUUCACAGUGUACCUGGGGGAUUAUAUCUGGUCUCAUGUUCACAUCCAUGACCUUGGUGACUUGUACUACUUGAUUCUUGAGCGUUUGAUUGCAGAUGAGUCUAUCCCAACUAGCAAGAAGGGUUACUACUUCGGUUCGUAUACUGAUUCGUCCGCUAUAACCAACUCACCAAGCGAGAUUGAACAUUCCUGGAAGGGUGUUGCCAUUCAAAUUGGAAAGAUUCUUAAGGAGAAGGGCGAAAUUGAGACCAAUGAAGUUGAGCAGCUUUCUCCAGACGAAAUCAAUACCUUUUCGGGAUACCUGUUUGCUCCUUACUACUGGGGCACUAACUCUAGAACUAGAGGAGACAAUGGUGUAAAGAUUGGGUGGAAGCCUAAAUACGCUUCUUCUUCCAUGUUUUGGGAUUCUCUUGAGGCUGACGUUGACCAUGCUUUGACUAAGUAG